UCAGACGCGCAUGCGCAUUGUGCGCACUCCAGCAGAUGUAUACUUUGGCUGAUGAAGACACGAAAACAAGCAACAAGGAUCGAUUACUAAACAUUCGCUCUGCGAGAUGGCCUCUUGCUCUGAGUUUUGUGGGUCUGGUCACACCGUCGACUCCGGCUGUCAUGUUUUCGGAGUGCGCUCCUAUCUACACCACUUCUACGAGGAGUGCACAGCCUCAAUGAGGGAGCAGCAGGAGGACUUUCAGGGCCAGAGAUCACCGCUGCGGUGGAGCUCUAGCUUCUGGAAGGUCUCACUUGCCGUUGGUGUCGUGCUCCUGUCAGUCGGGCUGGUGGUCAUGACAGUGGGCUAUUCCAUCCCCACUCGCAUUGAGGCUUUCGGUGAGGGUGAACUGCUGUUCGUGGACCGACAGGCCAUGCGUCACAAUCGCUCACUUCACAUAUGCGUGCUGGUCGGCACAGGGCUUCUCACUCUGGGUGGGGUUCUGAUGGCAGGUGGAAUCCUGAUGUCUGACUUCUCCACAACACCCACAAAACAGGAUGACUCAAGACGAGAACGGAAGGGGGGAACCAGAGUCCCGAGUGCAAUAAGAAGCCCAGCAGACCCUGUAAUGAAGCCUCCCAGCCCGGUAUCUAGUGACGGAGGAGUAUCUCCUCUCACUAGGGAUGAUAAAGUUCAGCAGUGCUCGUAAAAGAGCUGUGUGACAAUGCCUGUUCAAGAGUGCGGUUGAAGCAGUCAACUAAAGCUCCUUAUAUAUUUCAAUGAGAAAUUGGGGAGUGUAUUUUUGUGUUUAACAAUUAUGUGCUAAGAGAAUUAAAUUGGCAAGUACCUGUGCCAUCUGUUGUCCAGCACUUGUAUAAUUAUCAUCAAAAUCAUUUUUGUAUUUUUUAAUAUAACGGAAUUGAUCAAAUGAAGAGCCACUAAGUGGUUGCAAGGCAGCAAAAGAAAGUUCUGAAUAGUUUGGCAUCAGUAAGGUUUUUUUUGUUUGUUUUUUUUUGUUUUUUUCCACUUUUACACUCUUAAAUUUA